AUGUCGCACCUCAAGUAUGCCGACGCCAAGUACGUCUUCCUUACCGACUUCGACGGUACCAUCACCCUCCUCGACUCGAACGACCACAUGGUCGAUACGGUCGGUAUGGGUUACACCGAGCGCCGUAAGAUCAACGUCGAGAUUGUCGAGGAGCGUCUCAGCUACCGUGAAGGUUUCAAGAAGAUGAUUGAGUCGGUCCACCGUCCUUUUGCCGAGAUGGAGGAGCUCGUUCGACGAGAUGUCACCCUCGACCCCGGUUUCAAGGAGUUCUAUGCUUUUGCCAAGGCCAACAACAUUCCCGUCAUCAUUGUCUCCUCGGGUAUGACACCCAUCAUCCGCAGCAUCCUCUCCAACCUCAUCGGUGAGAAGGAUGCCAACGAGAUCGACGUCAUCUCAAACGAAGUCAAAUUCACCGACCCCGAGCAGAAAGGUACCACCUGGGAGCUCGUUUACCGUCACCCUGACAACCACUUUGGCCACGACAAGUCGCUCUCCAUCGCUCCCUACCGCGAGCUCAAGAACCGUCCAACGCUCUUCUUUGCCGGUGACGGUAUCUCGGACAUGUCGGCUGCGCGUCACGCCGACGUGCUCUUUGUCAAGGACAAGGAGGACAACGAUCUUGCCACUUACUGCCGAACCAACAACAUCCCCCACCACAUGUUCAAGGACUGGACCAUCCCCAAAAAGAUGCUCGAACAGAUCAUCUCGGGCGAACUCAAGAUCGAGGACGUCGCCGGCAAGAGCUCCGACAAUGGCGAUUUCAAACCCGCUUCCCAGGCAUAG